UUCGUCAAAAAAAGAGAUUAUUUUCUUUAUAUGCGUAACUUCAUCCCUAAAAAGAAGGCAUCCCUCCUUUAAUUUCUCAGAUUCGUAAGUAUACUGAUUCCCUUUUCCGCUGAAUCUCUUAAUAUACUGCCUAUGAUCCGGAAUCUCGAUUCAAUCCCUCCGGCAGCAUCUGCAACCCUUCUCUCAGACUCAGAGGAAUCAACCAUGUCUUUCAGUGAUGCAAAUGCGUCUUCAAGUAAAUCAGAGGGUAAAUAUGCAGCAAUGUUUGUAUGUUGGCUUCUUGGAAUUGGAUGUCUAUUCUCUUGGAAUAGCAUGCUCACUAUUGGAGAUUACUAUCUAGCCUUGUUUCCGAGGUACCAUCCUUCAAGGGUUCUUACACUUGUGUAUCAGCCGUUUGCACUGGGAACUAUUGCGAUAUUAAUUUAUAAUGAAGCAAAACUUAACACAAGGAGAAGGAACUUAUUUGGAUUUUGGCUCUUCUUUUUAGCUACCCUUUUGGUUCUAGUAUUGGAUCUAGCGACGUCGGGGAAAGGAGGUAUUGGUACUUAUAUUGGAAUCUGUAUCAUAAGUGGUGCAUUCGGUGUUGCGGAUGCUCAUGCUCAGGGUGGAAUGAUUGGAGAUCUCUCGUUCAUGGAGCCUCUUCUACUUCAAUCCUUUCUUGCUGGUCUGGCUGCAUCGGGUGCGAUAACAUCUGGAUUGAGGCUUAUCACGAAAGCAGCAUUUGAAAAUUCCCAAAAUGGAUUGCGCAAGGGAGCUAUUUUAUUCUUUGCGAUUUGCACUAGCUUUGAGCUAUUGUGUGUACUUCUCUACGCAUUUGUGUUCCCAAAGCUGCCAAUUAUACAGUAUUAUCGUUCUAAAGCAGCAUCUGAAGGAUGUACAACUGUUUCAUCCGACCUUGCUGCUGGUGGCGUUAAAGUAGUUGAUUUAGUGAAGAAACAAGUAGAAGAGGAUCCUGAACUAGAACAACGACUGAGCAACAAAGUAUUGUUUCUGAAGAACAUAGAUUAUGCAAUAGAUAUGUUUUUGAUUUAUGUUCUCACCUUGUCAAUUUUCCCUGGAUUCUUGUCGGAGGAUACUGGAUCACACAGUUUGGGAGAAUGGUAUGCUCUGGUUUUGAUAGCCAUGUACAACGUGUGGGAUCUUAUAGGGAGAUUUGUGCCUCUUGUGAAAUGGUUGAGAAUGGAAUCGAGGAAAGGGCUUAUGAUAGCAACUGUUGGGCGUUUCUUGCUUGUUCCAGCAUUCUACUUCACAGCCAAAUACGGUGAUCAGGGGUGGAUGAUAAUGCUCACGUCGUUUUUGGGAUUGAGUAACGGUUACCUAACUGUUUGUGUACUCACUGCCGCUCCAAAAGGCUACAAGGGACCAGAACAGAAUGCUUUGGGUAAUUUGCUAGUGUUUUGUCUUCUUGGAGGUAUAUUUGCAGGAGUAACCCUUGAUUGGUUGUGGCUCAUUGGCAAAGGUUGGUGAUUCAUUGAUUUUAUUAAUACUUAUGUAAAUUUAAUUAAGCAGCUCUCAAACACAAAUUAUUAGUCUUUUCUAUAUUUGUUUGCUGGAAAUAUUUUUAUAUUA